CUUCUCUGCACUGGGAGCAGCUCUCCUGCCACGGCCCUUCAGCCCUGGAAAAUGUACACUUGCACCAAGUUCGUCUCCAUCCCCUCCUUGAUCAGGAGAACCUCUCCACUAAUGAGCCGAUCACUGUCUGCAGUGGUGCUGAAACGACCAGAGACGCUGACAGAUGACAGCCACAGCAGCUUGGCAGCCCCGAGUCCCCUGACCACCUCACUUAUUCCUAGCCGCAGCUUCCAAACCAGUGCCAUUUCAAGGGACACUGACACAGCAGCCAAGUUCCCUGGAGCUGGGGAUGCCACAGUAGGGGUGGCUGGCUCUGGGGCUGGGAUUGGGACUGUGUUUGGGAGCCUCAUCAUCGGUUAUGCCAGGAACCCUUCUUUGAAGCAACAGCUCUUCUCCUACACCAUUCUGGGCUUUGCCCUCUCGGAAGCCAUGGGACUCUUUUGCCUGAUGGUGGCCUUUCUCAUCCUCUUCGCCAUGUGAAGGGGCUGUUUCCACCUCCCAUAGUUCUUUCUCCUGUGUCUUGUCUGCCCUGUAUGUUCCUUUUCCUGUACCACCCCAGGCAGCCUGGGGAAAGGGGUUGGCUCAGGGUUUGACAGA